UCCUAUCGGUGAGGCUGUGAGGGUUUGUGUUGUACUGCGGUGUCUCCUUCACUUCGCCCUCCAGCCGGAGAGAUUUGUCGUCACUGUGGGACGCCAUAGUCAACCAAAAGAGUACAACUUUGCACUGCAUUACAUUUCCACUUCAUCUUUUACCCGUAGCAUGGCUGUUCCUCCAUCGUAUAGUGACCUCGGCAAAUCUGCCAAAGACAUCUUCAGCAAAGGAUAUGGUUUUGGUGUUGUGAAGCUUGAUGUAAAAACCAAAUCUUCAAGUGGAGUGGAAUUCAAAACAUCUGGUUCCUCCAACACUGACACCAGUAAAGUUAAUGGAAGCCUUGAAACCAAAUACAAGUGGUCAGAGUAUGGACUGACCUUUACAGAGAAAUGGAAUACCGACAAUACCCUCGGAACAGAAAUUACCAUUGAAGAUCAGAUUGCCAAAGGCGUGAAACUGACUUUCGACACAACAUUCUCACCAAACACUGGCAAGAAAAGUGGGAAGGUGAAGACAGCGUACAAGCGUGAAUAUGUCAACCUCGGCUGUGAUGUUGACUUUGACUUUGCUGGUCCAGCCAUUCAUGGUGCCGCUGUGGUCGGCUAUGAAGGAUGGCUUGCUGGCUACCAAAUGACCUUUGACACGGCCAAAUCUAAAAUGACCCAGAACAACUUUGCUGUUGGUUACAAGACUGAGGAUUUCCAGCUGCAUACCAAUGUUAAUGACGGCACAGAGUUCGGCGGCUCGAUUUGCCAGAAAGUGAGCGACAAACUGGAAACUGCCGUCAACCUGGCAUGGACCGCGGGCAGCAACAGCACACGCUUCGGCAUUGCGGCCAAGUACCAGCUAGACAGGAGCUCCUCCAUCAGCGCUAAAGUGAAUAACGCCAGCCUAGUUGGAGUUGGAUACAGUCAAACCCUGCGGCCAGGUGUGAAGCUGAACUUGUCUGCCCUGAUCGAUGGGAAAAGCAUCAAUGCUGGUGGUCACAAGCUGGGGCUGGGUUUGGAGCUUGAAGCUUAAGGGUCUGCUGAGGCUAAUGUCAGUGAAGGGGAAUAUCUGAAGAAUUCGGCCUUAACUUCAUUUCCAACUUGACCAGCAUGGGAUUUCCUCCAAGGGCUGUUGCAGCACCGAGAUGCGUGACCCUGUAGUACUGUUAGAUAGCUGCCUGUGAGCUGAUCUCCACACAUUUGGUCUGUGUUUAUAGAUGCAGCAGAGUUGUGAUAGGGUGAUAAUUUGCACCCCUGAGAGUAACCCAGAUUACAUCCCCUACCCUCCAAAUGAAAUGCACUUGUAUGAAAUGUUGACACCUGUACAUGGUUUUGCUUGUUUCCAAAACUUUGUGGAAUCGAUGUUGGUUAUGGACUGGGGCCUGACUGCUGUCUAAUAAUACUACAGUGCUCUUAAUGUGGCCCCCGGUUGUUUAAGAACUGGAAUGUAAACCUCAAUGUUAUGAAGCACUCCUACAAUUGUGUAUUUGUUUACACACAGGUCCUGCGUUAAGUGUGUGUGUGUGUGUGUAUGUAUGGGCAUUUUUUAUUUUUUUUGGUUCUGUUAAUCUCCAUACUUGCUACACUUCAUUCUGAUGGGUAGUUCAUAUACCUAAUCCCUCCCCAAAUUUUGUUUGUGGGGGUUGCUAUUUAUUUAAGUAGGGUGCUUAUUUCUGGAACUGGUGAGUUUGCCUUCACAAAUUAAAUUGAGUUUAUGUUCUAUGCAAAAAAAAUAAUUUCUGGUACACAGCGAUGCCCUGAUGGCACUUGUGGAAUUCUGUACUAGAUUGGUCAGUGUCUCUCCACCAACAUGUCAUUGACAGGUUAAGAUGUUGCUGGCAAACUUCGGACGUCCUCUUAUGUCCUCUUAAGCUUUUGAAUAAAGACUUUGACGUCAAACCCAA